GUUAGCCAUUCCGACGCACGUCCCCUACCCAAGCGCAACAGCUACGCGGACUUCCACCGAACCCUCGACACCCCCCCCUCGGGAGCGGGUUCCCCCUCCACCUUUACUCGCGUGGGGAGGGGAGGAAGAUGCGCGUCGGUGGAAUAACCGGACGUUGAAUGAUUUGAUAACCAAAAAAAAAAAAAAAAAACACAAGCUGAAAGACACCUGCUCGUGUACGUGGACGAUGCCGGGAAUGAGUGAGUGACAGGCGGGAGAGGAACACAAAGCUCCGCUGCGGCUGCGGUGAUCCCAGUUUCCAUUCCCUUCCCUGAAGGUCCACGGCGAGCAUCUUUCUCCAUGUUGCAAAAAUGACAAUGGAUUACUUGCUGUGGAUGUGCAGCUUCAUUGUGCCCGUGGUGCUGGCUGUUGAAGAGACCCUUAUGGACAGUCGGUGGGCGACCACAGAGCUGGCCUGGACUACGUUCCCAGAGAGCGGGUGGGAGGAAGUUAGCGGCUACGAUGACUCCAUGAGCCCGAUCAGGACCUACCAGGUGUGUAAUGUCCGACAGCCCAACCAGAACAACUGGCUCAGGACGGACUAUAUCCCCCGCAGGGGCGUGCUGCGGGUCUACGUGGAGCUCAAGUUCUCCGUACGUGACUGCGCCAGCAUACCCAACAUCCCCGGCUCCUGUAAAGAAACGUUUAAUCUGUUUUACUACGAGUCCGAUGGGGACGCCACCACGGACACCAGCCCCCUGUGGAGGGAGAACCCUUACGUGAAAGUGGAUACCAUCGCCCCAGACGAGAGCUUCUCCCUGCUGGAAGCCGGCAGGAUCAACACCAAAGUGCGGAGCUUCGGGCCGCUCUCCAAGGCCGGCUUCUUCUUGGCCUUUCAGGACUUUGGCGCCUGCAUGUCGCUGAUCUCCGUCCGGGUCUUCUUCAAAAAGUGCUCCACCACAAUCGCUAAUUUCGCCGUCUUCCCGGAGACCGCAACCGGCGCCGAAGCAACGUCCUUAGUCAUCGCUCCGGGGGCCUGUGUGACCAAUGCCAUGGAGAUGUCCGUCCCUCUUAAGCUGUACUGCAACGGCGAUGGCGAGUGGAUGGUUCCGGUGGGGGCCUGCACCUGUGUCGCUGGUUUUGAACCCACUGCAGAUCGAACCCAAUGCCAAGCUUGCAUCCCUGGGACUUUCAAAUCCAAAUUUGGGGACGGGUUCUGUGCCGCCUGCCCGUCUAACAGUCGCACAAGCGCCCGAGGAGCCAGUGUUUGUCCCUGCCAGAGUGGUUUCUACCGAGCUGAUAGCGACCCCCCGGAGACUGCCUGCACCACCAUCCCAUCAGCCCCCCGCAACGUAAUAUCCAGCGUCAACGAGACCUCGCUGUCACUGGAGUGGGAGGAGCCCGAGGACACCGGCGGAAGGAGCGACCUGGUGUACAACGUGGUGUGUAAGAAAUGCCUGCGAGACCGCAGUCCCUGCACGCGCUGCGACGACAACGUGGACAUCUCCCCCCGGAGGCUGGGGCUGAGGCAGAGGAAGGUGGUGGUGAGGAAUCUGCAGGCUCACACCCGUUACAGCUUCGAGGUGCAGGCGGUCAACGGUGUCUCCGGGAAGAACCCUGCUUCUCCGCGAUACUCCACGGUCAACAUCACCACCAACCAGGCCGCGCCGUCAGCAGUGCCCACGGUCCAUCUGAUGCGUUCCACGGCAGACACCUUGAGCCUGUCAUGGCUGCCCCCCGAGAAACCCAACGGGGUCAUCCUGGACUACGAGAUUAAAUACCACGAAAGGGGCCAGGCUAUGUCGCACACGGUGACAUCCCAGCACAGCUCGGCCAAGGUGGAGGGGCUAAGGUCUGCUACCCCCUACGUGGUGCAGGUCAGAGCCCGCACCGUUGCUGGAUACGGACGCUACAGCAACCCCAUGGACAUCAGCACCAACCUGCACAGUGACCCUCAGAAGUCCGUGCAGGACCAGCUGCCUCUCAUCAUUGGCUCAGCCUCUGCAGGGUUGGUGGUCAUUGUUGCUUUGGUGGUGAUCGCCGUUGUCUGCCUCAAGAAGCAGCGCAGUGGCUCUGAGCUGGAGUACACAGAAAAGCUGCAGCAGUACAUUUCUCCAGGGGUAAAAGUGUACAUCGACCCUUUCACCUACGAGGACCCCAAUGACGCCGUCCACGAGUUCGCCAAAGAGAUAGACAUCUCCUGCAUCAAGAUUGAGGAAGUCAUCGGCGCAGGUGAGUUUGGCGAGGUGUGUCGCGGGCGGCUGAAGCAGGCCAGCCGCCGGGAGAUGGUGGUGGCCAUCAAGACCCUAAAAGCCGGCUACACGGAGCGCCAGAGACGGGACUUUCUUGCCGAGGCGUCCAUCAUGGGCCAGUUCGACCACCCCAACGUCAUCCGGCUGGAGGGUGUGCUGACCCGCAGCUGCCCCGUCCUUAUCAUCACAGAAUUCAUGGAGAACGGCGCGCUGGAUUCCUUCCUCAGGCUGAACGACGGCCGAUUCACCAUGACACAACUGGUUGGGAUGCUGCGCGGCAUCGCGGCAGGAAUGAAGUACCUGUCGGACAUGAACUACGUCCACAGAGACCUCGCCGCUCGCAAUAUCCUGGUCAACAGUAACUUGGUGUGCAAGGUCUCAGACUUCGGACUGUCACGCUUCCUGGAUGACACUUCUGCCGAUCCCACUUACACCAGCUCGCUGGGAGGGAAAAUUCCCAUCCGGUGGACGGCGCCAGAGGCCAUUGCCUUCAGGAAGUUCACCUCUGCCAGUGACGUGUGGAGUUAUGGCAUCGUUAUGUGGGAGGUGGUGUCGUAUGGAGAGAGGCCAUACUGGGACAUGAGCAACCAGGACGUGAUGACAGCAGUAGAGCAGGACUACCGGCUGCCCCCCCCCAUGGACUGUCCCAUGGUGCUGCACCAGCUCAUGUUGGAGUGCUGGAUGAAGGAACGCAACCUGAGGCCCAAGUUCUCACGUAUCGUCAACACCUUGGACAAGCUGUUGCGCAACGCCGGCAGCCUGAAAGUGGUGACCAGUACUUACUCAGGGGACCUGCUGAGGCUGGGAGGAACGUUGCCGGGACACAACAGGAAAAGCCCGGACAGCAGCGAGGAAAUCGUCCGACAACAAAUGAGCCAAACGCUCCCCAUCAGAGUGUAAGCUGCAGAUGGAAGACGGGAAUAAAACUACCUAGAAAAACUCUGGAUGUAAAAUAAAGGAAGAUAAAAAAAAAAAAAAAUAAGAGGGGAAGCUCCUUUCACACAGCAAGGACCACUCGGAAUACUCUGUAUGAGCGCCCGGAGACUUCAUGUUAAAAGACUGCCUUCCAUUGCGGUGUGUGUGUGUGAGUGUGUAUGUGUGUGCGCAUGUGUGUGUGUUCUUCAUUCCACUCAUGUGGUUUUGUGACUGUCGCCAUAAAGCCAAACGUCUUAUGGGCCCUCUCAGGUUGUGUUUGCAUGUCUGCAUGUGUUUUCUGCCGCUUGGGAGCCGGUGAGCUCGCCGAGGAGGGGCCACGCUCACACGGACGGAACGGAGCAAGGGUCUAGACCAGGGGUCACCAACGCGGUGCCCGCGGGCACCAAGUAGCCCGUAAGGACCAGAUGUGCUAAAAAUAGCUCAAAUAGCAGCACUUACCAGUGAGCCGCCUAAAAUUUUAAAUUUGUAUUUAUUUACUAGCAAGCUGGUCUCGCUUUGCUGGACAUUUUUAAUUCUAAGAGUGACAAAACUCAAAUAGAAUUUGAAAAUCCAAGAAAAUAUUUUUAAAGACUUGGUCUUCACUUGUUUAAAAUAAAUUCAUUAAUUUUUUUACUUUGCUUCUUAUAACUUUCAGAAAGACAAUUUUAGAGAAAAAAAUACAACCUUAAAAAGGAUUUUAGGAUUUUUAAACACAUAUAUUCCUUCCUCUUCUUUCCUGACAAUUUAAAUCAAUGUUCAAGCAUUUUUUUUUAAUUAUUGUAAAGAAUAAUAAAUACAUUUUAAUUAAAUUCUUCAUUUUAGCUUCUGUUUUUUUGACAAAGAAUAUUUGUGAAAUAUUUCUUCAAACUUAUUAUGAUUAAAAUAAAAUAAAAAUAUUCUGGCAAAUCUAGAAAAUCUGUAGAAUCAAAUUUAAAUCUUAUUUCAAACUCUUGAAUUUCUUUUAAAAAAAUUUGUUCUGGAAAAUCUAGAAGAAAUAAUGAUUUGUCUUUGUUAGAAAUAUAGCCUCGUACAAUUUGUUAUAUAUUCAAAAAAAAAAUGCAGGUUUUAACCUAUUUAAAACAUGUCUUAAUCUGGAAAAAUGACUAAUAAUGUUCCAUAAAUUCUUUUUUUUAUUUGUUUCAAAAAGAUUCAAAUUAGCUAGUUUUUCCAUUCAUUUUUUUCGGUUGUAUUUUGAAUUUUAAAGAGUCGAAAUUGAAGAUAAACUAUGUUUUUUUUUUCGUGUUUUCUC